CUCAACCAUAUAUAGUAAUACACUAAUUACAUUAGGACUAGUGUAAUUAGUGUGUGUCUAUAUCAUGAGUAUUAUGGAAUUAAGCAUCGUACACUGAGACAUUCAAAAAUCCAUUUGACUCAACAAUGUCACCACAGUACGGAGUACGCUGCGUAUAGGCUGCUGUAAGUAUGGAGACUGGUGUGGAAAGCCCUUGCAGUUUUCACAGCUGCUACAGGUAAUCUAUAAAGCGUUUCGCUGUAAUCGCCAAAUGCUUUGGGAGUGCUUUCGGGGCCUUUCGACCUCCUCCAUGCCUGUAUCCUAGGCCUGGGAGGUUCCAAACAUUGAGCUCAUCUCUUGGAAAGGAGUUACUCGAUUCCGGUAACAUUUCAAAUUGAGCUUGGGAUCGCACGGAGGUGCAUCUUCAACUACAUGUACUCCGUUAUCGGCAGAUUUUGCAUCCUGGCAAGAUGCCUAGUUUGAGCAGCAUUAGUGCAAGGAGGGGAAUGUAUGUGCAGUCUGAAACAUGAAGGCCUCUCCUCUCAGCAGGCUCGCCAAAUUUCCAUGGUUUUGAUUGCGAUGCCCUCUAUCCUAUCCUCCUUUAGUUGUACGGAGUACGGAGUAUUUAUUGAAAGUUCCAACUCCUGGAGAAAUUUUGCCGCAAAUACCGGUUGCCAUCUCGCUAGAGGGAUUUAAUCCCGGCCGCCCAGAGCGCCAUCUCUAUUGGACGGCGGGCUGAUAGUCUUGUUGUCGCUUCCAAUGCAUGCAAAGAAUGCAGCUAGUUCAACUGCUCUCAAGGAUGGUCGCCUCGCUUUCCUGAGUCAACGCCUGGAAGCCCAUCCAUAUUUGUGGCUGCAAUGGCGCGGAUGCACUCAGCGCAAUUCCUACCUUGCCGGGGUUCUCCAGCCAGGUUACCUUUCCUUGGACUUUACGCAGUACAUUCCCUCCCAAGCCAUAAGCAAAGAUAUGAAGAGGGAGGGGUGAAAAAUAAAAACACCUGCAAACAUUUUGCUGGGAGGCCUAGUCGUUGAUAUCGGCUCAUCUACCCUGCCUGAUGGGUCCACGGUAAAUCGUACUCGCUCUUCCUGGUUUGCCAGUAAAUAUUUCUCUUUAUUUUCCAUCUUGGCGUGGCCAUCUAAUUUAAACCAUCCCGUUGGAGAUCAUAUUGAUGACUUUGUUGUGGAUGCACCUUAUAGAUCUCAUUCUCCCUCCCUCUGCUUCCUCACUGCCACGUUUGCUUCGAUGGCGUUUAGCAGAGCUGGUGCUUAACUAGACAGGUGGUAGAAGAAGACGACGCUGCUAUGGACGAUCGAGGACCACCUCCUCCAGAUGGAGACGUCAACAAAGGGCCGAUGCUCAAUGCCAUAACAUGGGCCGAAUGUAGUGUUGCGCUCGUUCUAGUCCUGGCAAGAGUCAUAACAAGAACUCGUUUGAUAAAACGGUGGGGAUGGGACGAUGCCUUUAUGUGCCUUGCAAUGGCAUGCGCACUUGUGAACACCGUUUGUGUCACGAUAUGUAUCCAUUAUGGCACCGGCCGUCAUGUUUACUACCUAAACGACCACCAAAAGGUUCAAGCGAACAAAUUCAACUGGAUCUCUCAGGGCUUUCAUGUUAUGUCGACGAACUGGGGCAAAGUCUCCAUUGGGUUUUUCCUCCUUCGAAUCGUCGAUAGAGCAAAAAGGCAAAGAUAUAUCUUCUUCGGUGGUAUGGUCCUAUUGACUGUAGUCAACUCUGUCUGUGUGUACACUAUUUAUGGUCAAUGCACACCGACUACUGCUCUCUGGAAUGGCACUGGCCCCGGAAAGAAAGGCUCAUGUUGGCAUCCAAACAUCCAGAGGGAUUAUGCAUUUUUCCAGGGUUCCUUCUCUGCCGCAUCUGAUUUAGUUCUCGCUCUAUACCCUGUUUUCAUCAUAUGGCAGCUCCAGAUGGCUCGAAAAGUGAAGAUUGGUCUCACAUGUGUUCUUGCCCUGGGAAUUGUUGCUACUGCUGCGGCCAUUGUCAAAACCAUCUUUUUGGCAGAACUGGUCGCCCGCGCAGACUACACCUUUGAAACAAUAAACCUAACAACCUGGAUCUCAACAGAGCAAUACCUAAUUAUAAUCGCCGCUUGUAUUCCAACUCUGGGACCCCUAUUCACCGCCGCUACCGGCCGCACACCCUCUGGAAGACGGCCCGGUUCGUCACCCGGCUACAGACCAUCCGGCUCUCACAGUCGUCGCUAUUUCCACCAGGGAGCAAGUGGCGCCGGUGGAAGUGGACAUGCAUUCAAGAAGCACAAAGAGAGUGACUUGCUCACGUACACCAUGGAUGAUUUUACGACAACAACCGUGACGGACGGCUGGACACGGACGUCACCGCCUAACGGGCGCAGGAGCGACGACGGGAGCGAAGAGGCUAUUAUAAAAGGUGCGUCGGAUGACGUGAGUAGGGGCGAUCGAGGUGGUAGUGGUGAGCGGAGUCAUAACUCCAGGGGAAUCCUGAAGACGAUGGAGGUGCGGGUGAACUCGCAGAAUAUGGAGAGGGAUACGCAGCGGAGAGCACCUGCGAACAACAAGGUUCUGCUGCCGUGGGAGCCGACGAGUCCUGCAUGAUUAUCUAUUUGUAUCUAGGGGACCUAUUUGUACAUGCUGUUUAUUAAUUUCUCUUUUUUUUUGGGACUAUAGUUAUGCGCGUCAAGUAACUCUUGCUUUAUGUAGCCGUGUUUCUUGAUGGAACGACGCAAAAGCAAAGCUGGAUGGAUACCCAGAUAUGGAAUAUUAUUAUGUAUUUGAUGAAGUGACGAAGGCGCCUUUUUCACAAGUAUUUCCCUUCAUCGAGAUCUCCCCGUUCGGAAAUCGCAGGGAAUGGGACCUCCCACGCCACGGUAGUAAAAAACGCCUUUUUUUGAAGGUUCAAUUUCGCAUUCAAAAUUUAGUUCUCGAGCUGAACCUCAAGCGUAUGGUGACCAUGAUGGAUAGCAAUU